UAACUACCUCCCGCCCGCCCGGUUGCCAGGGUAACGGAGUCCUUGGUGAGGCAAAGAGAAAGCAGCGGCGGUGGUAGUAGUAGUUGUGGGUUAGGCCUGCGGGCAAAAUGAUGCUCUCGCGGCUCAAGCCCGCCGUCGGGGGCGGCCCUCAGUCUGCCGACAAGCGCAGAAAGAAAGGCAAGCGAAUCCCGCAGCUGGAGGAGCUGCUGACCCAGAGAGACUUCACUGGAGCUAUCGCCCUAUUGGAGUUUAAGCGUCAUGUUGGGGAACAAGAUGAAGAUGCGGACCUCUGGAUUGGAUAUUGUGCUUUCCAUCUGGGUGACUACAAGAGAGCACUGGAGGAGUAUGAAGACUUGACCAAGCAAUCUGGCUGCAACCCUGAUGUUUGGGUGAAUCUAGCAUGUACUUACUUCUUCUUAGGAAUGUAUACACAAGCUGAACAGGCAGCCUUGAAAGCUCCUAAAAGUAGACUUCAGAAUCGCCUGUUGUUCCAUCUAGCACACAAGUUUGGUGAUGAGAAGAAACUAAUGAGCUUUCACCAGAAUCUGCAGGAUAUAACAGAAGAUCAGCUUAGCCUAGCAUCUAUCCACUAUAUGCGGUCUCACUACCAAGAGGCUAUUGAUAUCUACAAACGCAUACUUCUUGAUAACAGGGAAUAUCUGGCCCUCAAUGUGUAUGUGGCCUUGUGCUACUACAAACUGGAUUAUUAUGAUGUGUCACAAGAAGUGCUAGCUGUUUACCUUCAACAAGUUCCUGAUAGUACCAUCGCUCUUAACUUAAAGGCUUGUAAUCAUUUCCGACUCUACAAUGGGAAGGCUGCAGAGGCAGAGCUUAAGAGUUUGAUGGACAGUGCCUCAACAUCAUUUGAGUUUGCUAAGGAACUCAUUAAACACAAUUUGGUGGUAUUCCGAGGAGGGGAAGGGUCUCUCCAAGUACUUCCUCCCCUGGUUGAUGUCAUUCCUGAAGCUAGAUUGAAUUUAGUAAUUUACUACCUCCGGCAAGAUGAUGUGCAGGAAGCUUACAAUCUGAUUAAAGAUCUGGAACCUACAACCCCACAGGAGUAUAUCCUCAAAGGAGUGGUAAAUGCAGUUCUUGGGCAGGAAAUGGGCUCAAGAGACCACUUGAAAAUUGCUCAGCAGUUCUUUCAGCUGGUGGGUGGAUCUGCCAGUGAAUGUGAUACAAUCCCUGGGAGACAGUGUAUGGCAUCUUGCUUCUUUCUGCUCAGACAGUUUGAUGAUGUCCUUAUUUACCUCAAUUCGGUGAAGAGUUACUUCUACAAUGAUGACACUUUUAACUUUAACUAUGCCCAAGCGAAAGCUGCUACUGGUAAUACCGGUGAGGCUGAGGAGGUGUUCCUCUUGAUUCAAAAUGAGAAGAUAAAGAAUGAUUUUGUUUACCUCAGCUGGCUAGCUCGCUGCUACAUUAUGAAUAAGAAACCACGACUAGCCUGGGAGCUGUACCUGAAGAUGGAAACCUCUGGAGAGUCUUUUAGCCUUUUGCAACUAAUUGCAAAUGACUGCUACAAAAUGGGCCAGUUUUACUAUUCUGCAAAAGCCUUUGAUGUUUUGGAAAGACUGGAUCCUAACCCUGAAUACUGGGAAGGCAAAAGGGGUGCUUGUGUGGGCAUCUUUCAGAUGAUUGUAGCUGGCAGAGAACCUAAAGAUACCCUAAGGGAGGUGCUACAUCUUUUGAGAAGUACUGGUAACCCACAGGUAGAGUACAUUGUCCGUAUAAUGAAGAAAUGGGCCAAGGAAAACAGAGUCCCCCUGUAAAACAGCAUCACCAGAAGAAUAGAAGCAGCUGCCAUCUGUGAUGUGCCUGAAUGGAAUAUUGUGGCAUUUUCUAGCCUAAUGCCAGCAUUAUGUAGACUAUAACAAUAUAAAAUAUUCAGAAUAGAUCUCUAUUUUUAUAUUAAUAAUUGCUUUUUAACAAGCUGUCUGAGUUUGUGGGGAGAAUCUUGUUGACUUAAGUUAUGCAACAUCUUCCAGGUUCCAUUUUAUUUUGUACUACACUUUCUAGCUUUCAGCUCUUCACACUAGUGUUAGUCUUUGGAUUGUUCCAGUUCUGUGCAUUCAACAAUCCUUGUACUCAGAUAGUUCAAGAACUGGCCUAUGCUGUGCACAGAUGGAUCCUUGCCUUGUUGUAUCCAUUUCCAAAGCAGAAUACAAAAUUAACUCAGUUACAUUCAGCAUUUUAUAGGAAGACUCUUGGGCCUUGUUUGUACAGUAACAUUAAGCCGAACCAUGGCUUAGCUCUGGGUAACUCAGCAGCAGGACCAGAGGAGCAAUCAAACAGUUGUCAUAGCUUGGCUUAGCAUUGCAUGUGAACCAGGCCUAAGUCAUUACAAGUAAUAUAUUUCUAAAUCAUCACAAAACACUGGCAUACAACUGGAUAACUGUGAUCUCAGAUGUGCUUUUAAUAACUAUGGACUAAUGCAUAGUAGAAGUCACCUUAUUCAGAGAAUCACAUCUAGCUGCAGAACACACUGUUCACUGCUUCAUCUGGUUCCACAAUGAGGUUUUGUUCUCUGAUUAAAGUAAGAUUGCUGGCUCAUGUUAUCUAGAAUUAACACGCUAGGCUGAGAGAUACCUACCUUGCCCUGAAAAUGUUUGUGAGUAGUUUGAGCGAUUAGGGGAGUUGCUUUCAGAUUUAACUCCUAAAAGCAAGACUGUGAAGAGACAAAAAAGAACAUACAUUGAAAAACAUGCAAUAGAACGUGGAGUACAUACAGUUUUUUAUAUAGAUAAUUUUUAUGCUUUUGACUUUAAAAAAAAUGUUUGUAAUCUGCCUGAAAUUUUAAUUCUGAGGUAAACCCAAAGAAAUAAAGUAAUUUAUGAAAUCAUUACUCACUUUUCUGGUACCCUUAUAAAAACAGAGUUCAU